AUGCCGAGAGGUUUUGAUUUCUGGUUCGGAAUUGAUCUGAACGAGCCAGCUGACCAAGAUUUUGUUCCUGGAAGCAAUGACAAUGAAGCUGGAUCAUCUCAUGCUCCUCCAGUUUCGGAAAGCACUCCUGACCAAGGUGCAGUUCCUGGGAGUAACAGCAAUGCUGCAGGAACAUCUCAUGGUGGUCCUAAUUGGGAAAAUGUUGAUGCAACUGGGCCAUUUGGUCCAUAUUCGGCUGGUCAUAGUAGUGAUGCACAAGUCGACCCAAGGGACACUUCGGAAAGAACUAACGCCGGAUCAGGUUUCCAGACAGGUGUGACUUUACCAAGUGAGGACAGUGGUGAGGAAGGUGAAGUUCAGUCAACACCAGAAGGUUUUUCCCCCAAGACACCAUUCCUUGGCAUGAAAUUUGACACCUGGGAAGCUGCUCUGUCACAUUACAAUAGGUAUGCGCAUCAUGUUGGCCUCUCUGUUAGGAUUGAAUCAUCUAGGAAGUCUACAAAAGAUGGAGAGAAAGACAAAUGCUUGUUUGUUUGCAAUAAAGCGGGGAACAAUUCAUUACCACCUACUCCUGUGAAGAUUAGAAACCGAACUAUCACAAAGUUGGCAGAUUGCAAGGCAAAGAUGAGGAUUAAAAGAUCUGGUGCAAGAUGGGAAGUUACUCAGUUUGUCGAGGAGCAUACGCAUGAAUUUGUUGAGAAAUUUGCUCUGAAAAAAUUCUUGAGGUCGCACAACAAAAUUCCAAAAGAAGAAAAGAAGUUCAUUGAUUUGCUAAGUGAUGUAAAUCUCAGUUCGGGUAGGAUUAUGGAAAUCAUGGCGGAGUUAUAUGGAAGCAAGCAGAAUGUACCUUACACCAGAGAUGUGUACAAGCUGUACAAUGAUUGCAUAUCGUUUGACACAACCUUCAUGACUAAUCAGUAUAACAUGCCUUGCGCACCAUUCAUUGGAAUCAACAGAUAUGGUCAGUCCAUACAGCUUGGCUGUGGUUUCCUGAGGAAUGAGAGGGUUGCGAACUUUGAGUGGCUAUUCCGGACAUUCUUAGUAGCAAUGGAUGGUUUGCACCCUCUGAACAUCAUUACUGACCAGGAUGUAGCUAUGAGGACUGCAAUUGAAAUGGUUUUCCCUGACACCAUUCACCGGAACUGCAGAUGGCAUAUCAUGCAGAAGGUUCAGGAAAAAAUUGGUCCUAUGGCAGCCAAAAGAGAAGACUUGAGAAGAGAUUUCAAUGAUGUUAUUGACUAUAGUGUUACUGAAGAAGAAUUUGAAACUAGGUGGGCUGAGAUGAUCCAAAAACAUGAUGUUGUUGAUAAUGAUCAUUUCAAGGACAUCUAUGAACUAAGGAAAUGUUUUGUUCCUGCUUAUUUCAUGAAGCGCUUUUUCCCAUUCUUGCAAACAACAGCUCGCAGUGAAGGGUUUAAUGUUGUUUUGAAGGAGUACAUACACCCACGCGCAAGCCUACUUAGUUUCUUCAAGCAGUACAUGAAAUUACAAGAGAAGAUUGAUUCUGCUGAGGAUGGGCAUGAUUUCAUGGGAAUGGACAAAGUUGUCAGGUUGUGGGGAGAUUUUCCAAUGGAGGAUCAAAUAUUGCAAACCUACACUCUACCCAUCUACAACAUUUUCCAGCUGGAGUUGCGGAAAAUAACAUCCUACAAUGCUAGGGACUGUGGUGGUGGUGUGUUUGAGGUUUUCCCAGUGCAAGGUACUGUCUAUGGUUAUGGCAGAAGAACCUAUGUGGUUGACGUUGAUCUUGAAAAUCACAUGUACAACUGCCAGUGCUGCAAGUUUUACAAGGAUGGAAUUCUUUGUUGCCACAUUAUGAAAGUAAUGUCUUACAUUGGUGAAGUGCGAGAGAUACCUGAGCACUACAUUCUACCUAGGUGGUCCCUACCCCCUCCUGAUAUUGUUCCAUCCAUUGUCGAGCCAGUACAGAAAAAAACAGAGAAAAUGUCUAGAAAAGACAUGAGGUUACUGCGGUAUGGAAAUCUUUGCAAUGAUUUUUCAAAACUCGCCGUUGAAUUGGCAGUUUCUGAGAAAACAAAGGAAAUAGCAGACAAGCACAUGAUUGCAAUGAGCAAAGAACUAGCUGCUUUGAAGAAAGCUAAUGCAGAUGCACUGAAGAGGAGGAAAAGCAAGUCAGUUGCGACUGAAGAUAUUUCAGAUUCUUCUCCCUUUGAGGGAAGAAUGGAUGAAGAUGUUUCUCAAUCUAGAAACAAGAAAGCAAAAGACCCCCCCUGUUACUACAGCUAA